AUGGCAGCAGAAGGAGUGAUAUUGGAGAACCUCGAAACAACCUUGAAUAUUGAGGAGCACCAAUUGCUGCUUUCAUCAGUGAGACUGACAGAUUUGGCAGAAUCUUUGAAGAUGAUAAAAGGUGCAGUGGCAGCACUGGAAGAUGAUGAGGAUCAUUCCCUUCGUGGUAGCCUCGAGAAUCUUGUGGCUCUGCUUCAUCAAGCUGAUGACCUUCUUGACGAUAUCCUUACACGUGCUAACAGUACAAACUUUGCUAGAGUUGAGGAUCAGAAUGGAAAUCUGGGGGGGAAUGUCAGACGUGGCUUACAGAGAAUGGUCAAUGCCAGUAGCAGAGUUGCACAAAAGGUCAGUCUUUUCUUCCCCUCUAACAGACUUUUACUAAUGGCUAGACGAGUUGAGAAGAUAGGCCAAGAAAUAAAAGUUCUAGGGAUGCAGAUGCGAAACAAUUUCGACACAGUUGACCUUCUUGAAAGACCAUUUGAGCCUCCCCGGUACUCUUACAGUCUCAAUAGGAAUAGGGUGAUAGGGAGGGACAACGAAAAACAGAAAAUCAUAGAGAUGCUGCUGCGACCAUCAACAGAAAAUGAAACCAGCGUCUCUGUCAUUCCUAUAGUUGGAUCACCAGGAAUAGGUAAGUCGGCUUUGGCUCAGUUUGUGUAUGAUGAUGAAAAGGUUAAAAGUCAUUUCGACUUGAGAAUGUGGAUUCAAGUUUCACAGAUAACCGACGAGAGGGAAAUCAUUCAAGAAAUUGUGGAAUCUUGUACAAAUAGGAGGUCUAGCAAUAACCAAAAUCCUAAACCUGCUAAAUUUCUGCAUGCCCGUGUUCAUCAAAAUGGGUUGACAUUUCGUAAUCUUUUGGGAUGCCAAAAUUUGGAUACUUCUCAAACUGCACCUAGUCAUAGUUUUAGCAAGAAUAAAGCAAACAUCUAUGAGCGCCGACUUCAGAAAGAGAUUGAAGGGAAACUCUAUUUGCUCAUCCUAGAUGAUGCUUGUAUCACACACGGACAGCAUUUAAAAGACAUAUUAGCUACAGGUGCAAGAGGAAGCCGGGUUUUGGUGACUACGCGUCAUGUGGCAGUAGCAGAUAAUGCAAAAACUGAUAUUUCUGAGUCUUACAAAUUGAAGGGCUUAUCACAGAAUGAUUCUUGGUUUUUGUUCGAAAAUUUUGCACUAGGACAAGAUAAUCGAAGGAAUCCUGAACAAGAAAAUCAAAGAGAUCCAGAAUUGGAGCAGAUAGGGCGUGAAAUUGCUGGAAAUUGCGGAGGUGUUCCACUUACCAUAAAAGUUGCAGCGAGCCUUCUUUAUGGAAAAAGUAAGGAGAUAUGGUCAUCUCUCAAAGACCAAUUGAUAUUUAGUGAAAAUCAAGAAGAGGACAUCAUGAAGCAUGUUUUACAUUUCAGCUACCACGACCUUCCAACUCGUCUGAAGGCUUGCUUUGGCUAUUGUUCCUUGUUUCCUGAUGAUUUUACUUUCAACAAGCAUGAUUUGAUUAGCCUCUGGAUAGCACAAGGAUUUAUUAACCCACGGCAUGGUCGAAGUUUGGAGAAAGCUGCAGAGAAAUACUUUCUAGAAUUGUCACGGCGCUGCUUCUUUGAAGAUGUGAUGACUGAUGACUUGAGGAACAUUAUCACCUGUAAGAUGCAUCACAUUAUGCGCACCCUAGCAUGUCAAUCUUCAGCAGGGAUUGUGAGCUUGUACGUAACCGAUGAUUCAGGAAUAAAUCUGGAUUCAACAUGGAAACAUGUCUCUUUUACCUGUGACAGUGAUUCACUGAGCACAACCUCAUCAACCAAACUCGAAGCUCAAGAUUUACGGACACUUGUUUCAGUCAACGAACCAGAUUCUGUCACAAAGUUAGGUCCGCUGAUGUGCAAUAUGUUGAUCUCUAGUCUUAAAUGCCUUAGGGUAUUAGAUUUGCAUAACCUUGGAAUAGAGGAUUUGCCUGUUUCCAUUGGCAAGCUGAUCCAUCUGAGAUAUCUAGAUCUCUCCAAGAAUGAUGGUCUGGUUACUCUCCCCAAGUCGGUCACAGAACUAUACAACUUGCACACACUGAAACUUAACUCCUGCGCAAAUCUUACAAGAUUACCAAAUAACUUUGGGGAACUAAUAAACCUUGGUCGUUUUGAGGUUGAUGAGUGCGAUAACUUGACUUGCAUGCCUCUAGGAUUGGAAAAAUUAACUCAGCUCGAGACGCUGAGUCGCUUUGUAGUUGGUGAGGAAUUUUCCAAAGACAUGGCUAACACUGGGCUAAAAGCUCUAAAAAAACUCAACAACCUGAGAGGACGGUUGGCAAUUGAGUUGACGGGAGAAUGGACAACUGCCAUACCUGAAGCCCCACAAGCAGAGUUGCGCAAGAAAAAGCAUCUAAGGGAACUAAAGAUCAGCUGGGAAAAGAGGGUCUCCAAGGUGGAAAAAGUGACGCAUCUCCUAUCAGAAGAAGAAAAAUCCUCCCACAAGCACCUUCUUGAGCAGCUCCAUCCAAACUCGAAGCUCAAGAUCCUCUGUAUAGAAGGGUACAAAGGGGAAGACUUCCCAAUCUGGGCAGGGGUGAAUAGAUUAGCUACAUCUCUCCCAAACUUAGUUGUUAUCAGCAUUGAGGGCUGUGAAAAAUGCGAACAUCUUCCACCAUUUGGUGAACUUCCAUCCCUCAAACGACUCACCCUCAGACACAUGGCCAACGUGCGAUAUGUGGAGAAAGAAACAUUGCUAGAAUCCCCGCUGUUCUUCCCAUUCCUGGAAGAACUUACCCUCCACAACUUCUACAAGCUGGAAGGAUGGAGGAAAGAAGUGACAAUCACGUCAAGGCAGCAAGAAGCAAUUCGAUCAUUUCCUUGUCUUACCAAAUUAAUGAUUUGGAACUGCCCGAAUCUGAGAUCUAUGCCUUUGUUCAUGAAGGUUUUAGACCUUAAUCUGCGCAAUGUCAAUCAGUUACUGCUAGAAGAAUGUGCAAAGAAGGCAUCUGGUGCCAACCGGCAGCAACUUGGGAAUAUCUCCAGAAUUAGAGACCUGCAGAUUAAGGGAUGUCCAAACCUGAGGAGCUUUGAAGCAGUCAGACAGGGGUUAGGGAACCUUCCUAACCUAAAACUACUCGUAGUUGAGAGGUGUCAUGCACUAAGUUUACUGGCCCCGGAGCUGCAGCAUCUAACUUCUUUGGAGAGGUUGGAGAUUUCCAGCUGCAAAGAACUCGAUCUCUCUGACAAUGGGACUAGUACAACUGGCAACUUUAAAACCAUAUCAAGAUUACCAAUCAGACUAGCUCACCAUUUAAGAGGAACUUCAAGAACUCCAUGGACAUCAUUGACUUGCCUUAGACAUUUGACCCUCCGAGAAAUACCAAAGAUGGAGACUCUCCCAGAGGGGCUGAAGUAUGUCCAAAGUCUCAGAUCACUGUGGAUAUCAGCAUGCCCUUCCUUGACAGCACUGCCAGAGUGGAUAGGUUGCCUGACGGCACUCCAGCAUCUUCGUAUUGAAAGCUGCCGGCGUCUAACAAGGCUACCAGAUGGGCUCAGGGAAGUGGAAUCAUUAAUGAAAGUCGAGAUAACUGAGUGCCCAGAACUAAUGGAACGAUGCAGAGAGCACACAGGGGAAGACUGGCACAAAAUAAAAAAGGCUCAGAUUUUGCUCCAUAAAUCAUGGCGUUACGGACUCAUGUCAGAGCUAGGAGCCCCACAGAACAGAUCAAAUGUCCAAGCACUUACAGAUGUCAAGUACUUCAUCGUUCCCAUGAUAGCUGCAGAAAAAGUGGUUUAACAUUUCAUCAUAUAUGGAAUACAAAGACUGCACACUGUCAAGUGUUGGUGCAUAAAAAGAAGGGUACACACACAAAGGAAUUGAAGACACGGUAUACUCUCAGUUUGAGGCAUUUGAAGCUGCAACAGCAACACUAAAUAAUUUACUACUAUCGUACUGAUUGUGAAUAACAGCGACAUUCUUCAACAAUGAAUUAUUUUUCCUGAAACUCUAUUAUUUUAUAUGUCAUUAAUUGUUUUUAGUUAAAGAGAUAAUCAACUAGGAUUUCUCUGUCUCCAUCUAUCUAAUCUUCUUGUUUUCCCCCUUUUGUUGAGGAGAGUUGUCAGAAAAGCAGUUGCA